CAGCCUCCUGCAGCCAUCAAUGAGAAGGCAGCAAACGGGGAAACAGGCAACGGCUUUUACUAGCAAGAGCCGGGUCUAUUGUGCGUCUCCUUCAGCCUGCCAGGAGAUGAAUGGCAGGAGGCAAUACAGAUCUUGUGCCAUGGCAGGGCUUGGCCCCUUGAAUGCCAAGCUGGGGUCCUGAGUACACAUGGCUCAGCGACUGGGGGAAUAAAGCAGCAGAUCGGGGCAUACUGCAGGACUUCUUGCCGUCUCUUUGUUAUCGCUAUUUCCCCUCAGCGUUAUGGGCAGAGGUUUUGUGCAAUGAAUGUUGCCUCCAAAGCUUUUCUCCGAGCGAAUAUGGGCACAGCUGUAUCCAAAAGGAAGACUCUGAGGAAUGAUGCUAUGUCUUCUGUAGCAGCGAAAGUUAGGGCAGCAAGGGCUUUUGGAGAGUAUCUUUCACAAAACCACCCUGAGGGCAGAAAUGGCUCAGGAACAGAGGCGAAGACGGAACAGGAUUUCAGUUGCAAGAUGGACUCUUCAAACGCCCAAUCACCUGUUAGCGGACUCCUAUAUUGGACAGGAAGACUCCCCUGAGAUGCAGCAGGCAGCUCAGAACAAGCGCAGGCUGUCCGUCAUCUCAGAUGGCAAGUUUGAGAGAAGCUUCUCUGAGGAGCAGGCCGAGAAGAUCCCGAGCGAGGGGCCGAACGCACGGGUGUAUACUAUCUCCGGUGAGAGGCCGAUGCUGUCGGACCACGAGAACGAGAGCAUGGAAUUGGUGGUGAUGAAAGGCACUGGCCGAGAGGACUGCCACCAUGGCCAGCCUCUGCAGAGCGCUGGCAGCUCUCACAACAUUAGCAGGCAUUGCAAAGGCUGGGCAGGCAGUCGGCAGGGCUCCAAGGAGUGCCCAACCUGUGCUCAGUUGGCAGCCCACUCCCAGCACUCCUUUGACCUGGAGCAGCACCAGUCCAGCGAGACAGGAUGGCGUAGGAAAAAACUGGAGAGGAUGUAUAGUAUUGAUCGAGUGUCUGAUGAUGUCCCCAUACGGACCUGGUUCCCCAAGGAGAAUCUCUUCAGUUUUCAAACUGCUACUACAACUAUGCAAGCCAUCUCGGCAUUCAGGGGCUACGCAGAGAGGAAGAGACGGAAACGAGAAAAUGAUUCGGCAGCUGUUAUUCAGAGGAAUUUUCGGAAGCAUUUGCGCAUGGUGGGGAGCCGCCGGGUGAAAGCGCAACCAUUUGGUGAGCGGCGAGAGAGAAGCUUCAGCAGGUCCUGGAGCGACCCAACUCCCAUCAAAGCUGAUUCCUUCCAUGACUCUCGAGAAAGCCAUGAUCUUCAGGACUACUGCUGUGCUCUGGAUGAUGACUUUGACUUGAACUGGGAAACAGAGAAGGAACUUGAAGCUAUGGCAUGUGAUGGAGAUGACUUUAUUCCACCCAAAAUAAUGCUUAUUUCUUCCAAGGUCCCCAAAGCUGAGUACAUCCCAACGAUUAUCCGCAGGGAUGACCCCUCCAUCAUCCCCAUUCUCUACGAUCAUGAACACGCCACCUUUGAAGAUAUUCUAGAGGAAAUAGAGAAGAAGCUUAACAUUUAUCGGAAAGGCUGCAAGAUUUGGAAGAUGCUGAUUUUCUGCCAGGGAGGUCCUGGCCACUUAUAUUUGUUGAAGAAUAAAGUUGCCACCUUUGCCAAAGUGGAGAAGGAGGAAGAUAUGAUCCUCUUCUGGAAGCGGCUGAGCCGAUUGAUGAGCAAAAUCAACCCUGAGCCAAAUGUCAUUCACAUCAUGGGCUGCUACGUUCUGGGAAACCCCAAUGGGGAGAAGCUAUUUCAGAAUCUGAAAAACCUAAUGAAUCCUUAUAGAGUUGUCUUUGAGUCACCACUGGAACUUUCAGCUCAAGGGAAGCAAAUGAUUGAAACUUACUUUGACUUCCGUCUUUACCGCCUCUGGAAGACUCGCCAGCAUUCCAAACUGUUGGAUUACGAUGACGUUUUAUGAGCUGGAGAAGCCAUUGCAUGAGGAGAGUGAUCACCAGUAUCUCACAAGUCAUGCUUGUGGCAGAGACGUUUUUCAUUGGCACGGGGAGCCCUGCAGGAGGCAGCAGUGCUGAAGGGAUGGAAGGAAGGGCUGUCCGGACGAAAGGCUUUUGGGUAAAGACAGAGGCUUGAAGGGGAAUGGUGUGACUCCGCAGACACUGCCCGCAGAGCCUUUGUCUCUCAGAGGGAGCUGUGUCAAAUGGGAAAUUUCCUUGCAGGACUGAGCUGUUUCAGGUCAUGAUGGGCCAGAAUCAAUUCCAGGUCCUUUUAAAGACAUUUAAAGCUCAGGUUUUCUUAUAAAAAAGUAAAACAAAUAAUCCUUGCACUAUAAUAAAGCAGUGACUUGAAGCCCAGAGCGGGAAGGGCAUUGUACUGAUGGGCGCUCCCCAGCAGCGAUCUUUGCUGUGUUAGGGAUUUUGGAAGGCAAGGAACGCCAUACUUAAUCCUGCAAGCUUUGACCGGCAAAGUUCAGCAACCUAAUGUCAAUACACAUUGAAAUACAGAAUUAGAGUUUAACGUAUUUUGGUUUAAUAGAAAAUAAGUGCAAUUUUUAUACACAGAGGGGAAAACCCUCCCAAUAUUUAAUUAGUUACAAAUAACACAUCAGUAAUCAAUAGAUGAGGUAUUUUUUAGUCUGCUUGAAAAUAUAUUCGAGAUCGUAAUAUAUCUUCUGUAGACAUAUUUAAUCACCAGCAAUAUGAUUUUAAUGUUACUUAGCAGACAUGCAGGGUCUGCUGCAUUGAUCAGUCCUGUUUGGUUUUGGUUUUAUUUUUAAUUUCAGAGUAGCUGUGUUACACUAAUUGUAUGUGUUCUUAUGAAUGUAUUUUGCACCUCCAGUUAGACACAACUUUGUUACUUUAUCUUUGCUACUUGCAAAACUGUAUGGUUUUAGUUUUGCUGAAAGUUUAGAUUAGAAAUACAGUACAUGACUGAGUGGAAUCUUGGUCAAUUUCAUUAAGAUAUAACAAUGAAGUAGAAAUUAAUAGCCAUGUUAAUUGUUCACUCAGUAUAUUGCUACAUUUUAGAAAGAUGAGCUCUUCUUGCAGACUGCAGGAGGGAACAGAAGUUUAUUUGAGAAUGAGAAAUCCUCCGAGGAGGUUUAGGUGUUUGAAUUAAUAGAAUGAAAUACUUCUUGACGUAAGUAGCAUUGGUUAGUAGCAUUUUGAAUCUUUCCCACAUUCAUCUAGUUUGCCAGUUUUUUCCAGCAAGCUAUUGAGCCGUUUGUAGUUCUCAGCUUUCCCUUCCAAAUCCUCUUUGUCUGAGACAAACAGCUUAUAUAGCUCUCAUUUGUGAGCAGCUAUGGUUUUCGAAUCUGGAUUUGUGCUGAAUAGCUUUUAAGAUAUUCCACAGUAUAUCCUUACUUUUUUUUAGUCUUCUAGUCUCCUGAAUGUCUAGGGGCUAAAUAUUACUGUAGUCUGCACAGGUCACCCUGGCCAUUUGGGGCGAUUAUACCCUUUCUCUUUCAGAGAGGUAAAAUAUACAGGAGAAUAACCAUGGAGGGUUAGUUUGGGCUCCUGAUGUGUUCAUUUGUAAAAGUACCUGGCUGUGCAGUGCAGAAAAAAAAUAUGUAUAAACCUUCUUUUGAAUCAUAAAAAAAAAGAUUAGUUCUGAUCUGUGGAAAAUCCCCUUUCUCUUUCCUGCCCCAUGUGUUGUUGUAAUACUAGGGAGCAGGCCACCUGCUAAAACUGCUGACCCAUGUACAUUAAUGACCUUUUAUGUCAAAUUUUUAUGAAAUAAUCCACGUACAGUUAGUAGUGGGGGAGAGGGAGAGCCCGUUUCCGAUCAUUAGAAAUCACCAUGCCGAAGCAAAUAGUUCAUCAAUAGCUGUUUGCGAAUGACAUGGCCCCAGCUUUCGAGAAAGGUGAGCACGUUGCUCUGCUUCUCCAGGCAGCCAUCAGGAUGCUCUGCUAGCUGCUGGUCAUAGGGGGCGCAAUUCUUUUUCUAGUUGAUUUAUGCUCAGAUUUUCAGACUACAAGGAUUCUUGGCAUCACUACGGUGGCUUUGGAAGAAAAUGUCAUUGCACAUUUUUUUAAAGCUAUAUGUCACUGAACUAGCAUUUGGCAUGUGAUCACCUCUCUGCUACAUCAGGAGGAGGUGUGAGUUGGAUAUUCUACGACAGCCUAGAAAUGAAAUGACAGUGACAGCAUUAAGAUGUUGACAGAAAAACGCAUCCAUAUUUGAUUCUGUCACUUUCCAGUUUGCUUUCGUGAUUUGGGUUGUUGCUUACAAUGUUAAGUGAAGAAUGAUAAACUGCUCUCUCAUCUCAAGUAAAGCCCCACUUCAGUGAAUGUGAUAGCAUAAAUGUAGCAUUGUGAAAAUACUAUGUCACUCAGAAAGGGCCUUUAAUAUAUACACUUUGGUAAUUUAUCUGUAUAACUAUUGUAUAUCUAUUAUGAUUGAGCUCUUCUAGAACUAGAGUUGCAGUAGAAAGGUAGACUGUACAGUGCAUAACCUAUCCUAUACGGAGAUGUGAGUUUGAAUGACUAUUUCAGACUGUUUUACUGGUCCAAUUGACUGUAUAGUGUAGUAUAUUGAAAAUAAUGAAUGCAUUUCUCUCUUUUCCAAAGAUUUAUCCCAUGUAGUUUUAUAUUAUUAUGACAUGAGCAGAUUCUUGUAUUUGCAGUGAUCAUUUGACUAAAGGGAUGAAAAAAUGUUCUAAAAGCUAUAAUUGGGAGGACAGUAUGGGGAUUUUAUACCUCCUGCCUAUCAACUAUUUAAAGCCUUUUGUGCUAAUAUCACUUUGCAAGUUAAUUUUGAAAGGAAUAAAUUGUGUUUUCAUCCA